AUGAGCUUAAGUGCAACAGAUAGCUGUGGAAAGAACUUGCAGUACCGAGUAGAUCAUCUUCUUAGUGCUGUGGAAAAUGAACUUCAAGCUGGCAGUGAAAAGGGAGAUCCCACAGAAAGAGAUCUUAAAGUUACUCUGGAGGACCAGGAACUGUGGCUGAGAUUCAAGGAGCUCACCAAUGAGAUGAUUGUCACUAAAAAUGGAAGGCGAAUGUUUCCUGUGUUGAAAGUGAGUGUUUCUGGCUUGGACCCAAAUGCUAUGUAUACUUUCCUGCUUGAUUUCGUAGCAGCAGACAACCACCGAUGGAAGUAUGUGAAUGGAGAAUGGGUGCCAGGAGGAAAACCAGAGCCUCAGGCUCCCAGCUGUGUUUAUAUUCACCCUGACUCUCCCAACUUUGGAGCUCACUGGAUGAAAGACCCUGUUUCUUUCAGCAAAGUCAAACUCACCAAUAAAAUGAACAGUGGAGGCCAGAUAAUGCUGAACUCUUUACACAAGUAUGAGCCCAGGAUUCACAUAGUGAGAGUUGGUGGACCCCAACGGAUGAUUACCAGUCAUUCCUUUCCUGAAACUCAGUUCAUAGCUGUGACAGCAUAUCAGAAUGAAGAGAUUACAGCUCUUAAAAUUAAGCACAACCCAUUUGCAAAGGCAUUUCUAGAUGCUAAAGAAAGGUAA